GCCCCUCCACCUUAUCUGGAUCGGAGCUUUUCACCUGGCCACCUCUCUCCCAUUGUUUCUCUUGCCCCGCGUCCCCACGGAAAGUGUCCGGGGAGUCCCUCACUGCCCGCUCCGACCAUGAUGACCUCAAGCUACUGGAGUGAGAGCAGCAGCAGCAGCUGCGGGCCCCGCCAGCGGCCCGAGCCUCUGCACAUCCCGCAGCAGCCCGAGAAGAACGUGGUGUACGAGCGGGUGCGGACCUAUAGCGGCCCCAUGAACAAGGUGGUCCAGGCUCUGGACCCCUUGGGCUCCCCGGCCGAGGUGCUCUCCCCGCUCAGAACUUCCUCUUCCUACCAGAACUUGGUGUGGAGCAGCGAUCACUCCCAGGAGCUCCAUUCUCCAACAUUAAAAGUGGCUACUUGUGUCCCCAGUACUCUGCAUGUAACCCAUAAUAUUGAACAGGAUCUCCAUUCUCCAACAGUGAAAGUGACUACUUACCCCCAGACCACCAUAAGGAGAUAUAUAGUACAGAAUCCUGAUCAGGAACCACUGUCCCCAUUUCUAAGAGGUGGCCAUUUUUUCCCAGGAAGUAAUGUCAUUUAUGAAAAGACAGUAAGAAAAGUUGAGAAGCUAAAUCCUGAUCAGGAGUGCUACCCCCAGAUUCAGUGUCAACAUCAUGUCGUGCAGCAGCCCCAGAUUAUACAGGCUCAGCUCUGCCAACCAUCGCAUUCCAGCCAGCAGACCCAAGUCAUCAUGGGAAGUAAUUCAAAUGCUACAAAUACUGGAAACGAAUUGUGCUACAGUGGAUCACACCAAACACAUGAGCAGGUGACAGUUGUCCAGGAGGAUGGCCCUGAAAAACUAGACCCCAAAUAUUUUGGAGAACUGCUUGCGGAUCUGAGCCGCAAGAACACAGACCUGUAUCACUGCUUAUUAGAGCAUUUGCAAAAGAUCGGAGGAAGUAAACGGGACUUUGACUCUCCAGACGAGUCAGAAGACAUUGAAGCCUUGAUUCCUAAAGGGCUGUCGGAGUUCACAAAACAGCAAAUCCGAUAUAUUCUGCAGAUGAGAGAGACCUCGAACAAAUCUCUCCGCAUGGUGCUGUCCACCUUCAGCAAUAUACGGGAGGAGCUUGGUCAUCUCCAAAACGACUUGGCAUCACUGGAAAAUGACAAGCUAAGACUUGAGAAAGACUUAGCAUUCAAAGAGACUCAGAUAAAGGAGUAUGAAGCACUCUUGGCGUCUGUGAGGGCCAAUAACCGCCAACAGCAGCAAGGGCUACAAGACUCCUCUUCAAAAUGCCGGGCCUUGGAGGAAACUAUUCUUUCUCUUCGACACGGCCAGUCAGAUAUGGAAUAUCGACUAAAGGAAUUAGAAUACUGUAAAAGAAAUCUGGAACAGGAGAAUAAAAACCUUAGAAUACAGGUGUCUGAGACCUGUACAGGCCCUGUGCUACAGGCUAAAAUGGAUGAGAUUGGGAGCCAUUAUAUGGAAAUGGUUAAGAACCUGAGAAUGGAGAAGGAUAGAGAAAUCUGCAAGCUGAGGGCACAACUGAACCAGUUCCAAAAGGAUGUUUCAAGAAGGGAAGGAAGUUGCAGUGACUACCAGCUCAAGCUUCAUGAACUGACCAGUCUGCUCGAAGAGAAGGAUUGCCUUAUAAAGCGGCAGUCAGAGGAACUCUCCAAAUUGAGGCAAGAAAAAUAUUCAUCCCAUAAUCAGACCUCAGGCACUGGAAGGACCACUAUCACCACCACUAAAAAAUACAGAACCCAAUACCCAAUUCUGGGGCUCCUUUAUGAUGACUAUGAAUACAUCCCCCCAGGCAGUGACACCCAGACCGUGGUCAUUGAAAAGACAGAAGACAAAUGGACUAGUCCAUGAAUUCAGCACCUGUUUGAAGUUCACCCAAGGACUGUGUUACUGCUUAUGUCUUGGAAAAUAUGAGAAAUUAAGGUUGAUCCAAAUUUUGAACUGUAAUAACACCUAACCUAAAAUAGCUAGCUCUGUGGAUGGCUGUUUUUCCUAACGUAUUUAACAGUGGAAUCAGGGAAGUACUUACGUUUUUAUUGCAGACAUACCAAGAGCAUGCUCUACUAUUAGAAAAGAUACUUCCAAAGACACUGAAUUAGCUUUUUGGGCCAGGGACUUUAUUCCAUUCUAUCAUUUCCCUGUAGCUUAGAUAGAGCAUGCAACUUGACUUUAUAUACUACUAUUGAUGAAGGGGGGUGGAGGGAAAACAAUUAACUUAGUACCUGUGUUUACAUGGCUUGGAUUUCUUUUUUCUCUCUUUAUGUGUGAAAGGAAUGCUAUAGAUUAUGUAUUUCUUGAAGACAUCUCAGGUGAUGGUUUGACUUAGCAAUGAAAAAGGAUGAGUUUCUCAACUCCUUAACUAGGAAGAUAAUUUCACUUAACUUCACCUAGUCCUUUGGUGGUUCUAAGUAAUGCCCCCUCCCUGCACACGAAGACAUCAUAGCUCCAUGGUAACUUCACUACAUUGUCCAAAAUGGACAUGGAAACAGUAAAUAACUCCUCUUGCUCGUUUUAACGAAAAUUUUGUAUACAACUGCCCCACACCCUCACCCGCACACUACUCAUGAACUUGGAAAUAAGUUUUUAAACCUAAUAAAACAUCAAUUUCUAGCUAAACUCACAUAGAAUUGGCAAAAGAAAUUACUACUGUUGGCAUUUUAUCAACUUCGUAUUUUAAGAAAUAUUUGAAAUUAUUGGAAAAAGCAAUACCUACUUCUGUACAGUACUGUUACAUUCAUUUUAAAUGUAGUGCAUGGUUUAUAAAGAAAUAUUACUGGAGACAUACAUAAAAGGUCAUGGUUUGCAUUUAGAUCUAAAUCUGAUGAACUUUGGAAUUGUAGCAAAGGCAGGCUUAAGCAUUCUGGCUUUCUAAUAGUUUAGGACACAAGAGGUUAUGGGCCCUAUAGUAAUUCCUUUAUGUAACUGUAACAGAAGCCCUUAGAAGAAAGAAGUCAGACAGACAAUAUGAAGUGAGCUCAGUGUUUGAAAACUCGAACAGGUGUCAUUUUCCUUCCUUACCUUGAGACAGGAAACAGAGCAGCAACUUGGCUUCAGGGUGUGUCCAUGCCACAAGACAGUGUUGUUGCUGUAUGACAAUCAAGGCCUUUCAGUGGCUGCAAAUUUAAAAAAUCAACAGCCCCUCUUCUCCCCUCCCCAAAACAGAACAAACCAACCAGAGACAGUCUAAGGUGGACCCACCUUUCAAAAUUCCAUAAUGUGUGUGUUAUAGUGACGCUCUUGUAUGUUACCAUUUAAAGGUCUGUGGUUCUUAAUUCAAUUUGUGAUGAAGAGUAAUGAAACUGGCUGUCAAGAGGCCUUUUCACAGGCUAAAUCUCUGCAAAUUGCAAAGAUACUGUCAAAAUUAAAUGGAAUUUCAUUCUGUUAACCUCUUCAAAUUUAAUAAAGUGGAAAUGGCACAUGAAAAAAA